GAAUGUGAAGCAGCUGACUAAAAGUGGGAGGAGCUGUCAAACUUUGCUGCAAGAUCUAAAUUCCUGAGCUGUUGGCAUCAUUGUAACAACCUCGGUUUCGUCCUAGCAAAAUUAAGUUGUGAUCUGCACCUCUACAUCUUUAAGAACUACGGUCAAACGAAAAUAUCUUGUUGUUUUGUCGCAAUGGAAAGCUGGAAAAUUCACGUGCGUGGACGAAUUCAGCAGAGAGAUCACAAAGAAAAACUUCCAUUCGUAGGCAUUUUCACAACCUUGUCUAAGCUGGAGGAACGUUUUGAAAUUCGCAAACAUAUUCUGGAGGAUGUCCAUCCCAAAAGCUUCGAAAGAGGUGGGAUUGAAGUGGGGAGAAACACCAGACUCCUUGAACUCCAGCUGAAAGAGAGUGAGCAUUUGUCAGACAAGUUGUCUCAAACUGUCUCCGACCUGACUGCUGUCCUGUAUCUGAAAGAGGCUGAACUACAGCACUGGCAGUCACGUGUGUCACAGUACCGUCAAGAGGCACUUACUCUGGCUAAAGGGAAUAACAACUUGAAGGCAACCCUCUCAGAAUUUGAAUUCACCAUAGAAAGACAGGCCAAAGAGUUAGCAGCCUUGCAUUUGGAGCAGAAAGGAUUGAAAGAAGCGCUAGCGAAGGCUAAUGGGGACAAAGAACGUCUUCUACAACGCUGGAUGGAAGAGAAGAGUGAGGAAGCCGACAGGGUGAACAGACACAAUGACGUACAGGAAAGGUGGCAACAUCUGGCCAGACAGCUGAAGAGGUACCUCCACAGGGAGAGGAAAAAAGAGUGUGUUCCCACAACAGAAGGCUUUUCUAAUCUUUUUAAAGAAACGUCUCAAUGAGCCCUUCAGAGGGUCAAUAAUGCAGUGGACCUGGACACUCGGACUUUGGCCAUCCUCCAGCUGCAGGCAAAGUCAACCCCAACGUUCUGCUGUUGUUCCCUCUCGUUCUCAUAAAAACAUGCCAGCAUGAGAGUGAGUUGGCUCAUUUUAGGACAAAUAGCUUAUCUAUUUUUUCUUAUUUAAUUUAUGUAUAUACUGAUUUAAAGAUGAUUUUUCUAGUCUGUAUUAAUUUAUUUGAUCAUUUGAGCUGUAAUAAUGAAAAUGUGAUUUAUCACCAAAUUCCGUUUUUCCUAGAGACAUCAGAUAAGUUUCAGUAAACUCAACUUAUCUUCACACUGAUCUGACCACAGAUUUAUAAAAGAUUCUGUGAAGUACCACAGUCGUGUCUUUGUAAUAUACUAAUGAAACCAGCAGAUUCAUAUAAUUUCAAGUUUUAUAAAUUAAUAACCUGAUUAUUUGAAGUUCAUUUUUAAUGCGUUUUAAAAGAAUCAUGAGUGAAAAUUGUUUAUUAAAAUAGAAAAACAGACCCCACCCAAUUUGCCAUU